AACUAAACUUUUUUUUUUUUUUUUGGUAUUUUUCCCCUUUCCAUUAAACAACUUACUAUGCCUUUUGGUAUUGGUCAUGAACUUGUUUGUCUUAUAUCUAGAACUGCCUUGUGGUCUUUCUUUACUGAUAUAAAAUUAGAAAAUGCUCAUUUGGCUCCUACUGAUAUCCCACUUAUAGUAACGGCAACUCAUCAUAAUAUGAUUGUAGAUCCUGCAGUACUAUCAGUUACUUACCCUGGUCAACGUCGAUUACAUUAUUGGGCUAAGAAUACAAUGUUCAAACAUCCAUAUGCCAAACUCUUUCUCGAAAACUGUGGUGUAGUACCCGUAGACCGAACAACCAAAAACAAUGCUCUUUUAUAUUCGUCUACCUUUGAAGUUUUACGUUUAGGUGAAGCUGUUGCUGUAUUUCCUGAAGGUACAAGUCAUACCCUUCCUCGUCUUGGUAUCUAUAAAGAUGGUGCUAGUUUUGCUGCGUUAGAAUAUGCAAAGAUUAUACUUGAAAAUCCUCAUCCAAAUCCUGAUGGAGCAUUACCAAAGCAAGCUGCUAUUCUUCCUGUGGGGAUUGUAUAUCCAGAAAAAUCCAAAUACCGUAGUGUGGUGAUUGUUAGAUAUGGCGAACCUAUCAAUAUUGAUCCUUAUCUAACCAUUUACUUGCAAGAUCCCAAAAAGGGAGCCAAGCAAUUGACUAGAGAUAUAGAAUUGGCUACUGAAAAAUUGACUGUCAAUGCUCCUAAUUGGGAUAUUCGUGAUGCUGCAGAAAUGGCUCGACAUUUGUUAUUUCCUGGUGAAAAUGGUCUGAUGAAAGAUUAUGUUCCUGUUACUCAAAGCUUGAUUGACUGUAUGACCGAAAUUGGCGCCAAGGAUCCGGAAAUCCAAUCAUUACAACAAAGUCUACGUGUUUACAAGAUGGAAUUGGAAGAUCUUUUACUCAAGGAUUCACAUAUCGCGAAUUAUAAUGAAAGAAACAUCACAGCAGCAUCCACCACUAUUCAAUUAUUACGACGUACAUUGACAUCCUUGAUUGACUUGCCAUUAUUUUUACCUGGUUUGAUGGUACAUCUUCCUUUAUAUUUGGCUGGUUUCUAUGCUGGUAAAUGUGAAAUCUAUGAAGAGGUCCGUGCACAGAACAAGAUCUUCUUUGGAUUGGCUUUAUUACCAGUGAUUUAUAUUGGUUCCUUCUUAUGGGCUUGGUACAUGUUAUUUGGUGGUACUUUCUUUGGUUUCUUUGUUGCAUUGGCUACUCUUGGUGUUUUUGUUUGGUAUCAUAAUGUAUCUAUUGACGAACGAUAUGAGAACUUCAAAGAUUUGACUGGGCGCUGGCGCUUAUUUGAUGCGGUAGUACUUGGUCGUGGAAUGUGGAGACGCAAAGAACGUAUUUUACAACUCAAGGCUCUUCGACAGGAAAAUCUGGCUGCUAUUCGACGUAUGAUCAAGGCUCACAAAUCAGACAACGGUGAUGUACAUAGGGUAUGGAUGGCUAUUCGACAACGAGUACAGGAAUUUGGUGAUGCAUCAAAACUACAUGGACGACCAAGGAUGUUGGCCAAACAAUUUGAAUGGUCAUUUGAAGGAUGAAAUUUUUAGUUAUUUAAUAUAGUUUCCAUUCAUAUACAAUAAAGUCUCUUUUUUUCUAUUUUUUUUUUA